ACCGGCCCGUUCCUGGUGCCGGACUCCUGUUCCAACAGCGCCCGGCCCCGGGCAACCUAGGGGCGGGGAGUCGGGGUGCCAGCGGAGCCCUGCUCCUUCUUAAGCGCCCGCCAGUCAAGCCCGGGCCAGACGGCCAGCCAGCCGGCGCCCCUAGUGCGGCCACCUGUCCCCCGGAGCCCGGCCUCUGCCACCGCUCCCUCCUCCAUGGCCGACCAGCUGACGGAGGAACAGGUGGCCGAGUUCAGGGAGGCCUUCUGCCUGUUCGACAAGGACGGGGACGGCGCCAUCACCACCCAGGAGCUGGGCACCGUCAUGCGGUCCCUGGGCCAGAACCCCACGGAGGCCGAGCUCCGGGACAUGGUGGGCGAGAUCGACCGUGACGGCAAUGGCUCCGUGGACUUCCCUGAGUUCCUGGGCAUGAUGGCCCGGCAGCUGAGGGGCAGGGACAGCGAGGAGCAGAUCCGGGAGGCCUUCCGCGUGUUCGACAAGGACGGCAACGGCCUGGUGAGCGCGGCCGAGCUGCGGCACGUGAUGACCAGGCUCGGGGAGAAGCUGAGCGACGACGAGGUGGACGAGAUGAUCCGGGCCGCCGACGUGGACGGGGACGGCCAGGUCAACUACGAGGAGUUCGUGCACAUGCUGGUCUCCAAGUGAGGGGCCGCCCGGCUUGGCCGAGGGCUCUGCCUCCGGCUCGGGCGGGAACCUCGGCCUGGCAUCGCUCCCUGCACCCCUCCCGCCCGCCUGGGCUCUGCUCCUCCCCCGCCCGGGUGAUUCCGCCCCACUCCCUGCACCUCACUCUGUCCCCUUCUCUCCUGCUGACCCUCCCCCGGCCUGUUCUCAGCCGGAAUGACACGGGCCACCCUCGAGCCCAGCAAACGCCAGGUGCCUCUGAAACUCAGGAGUAGCAGUGACGUCACUGCCCUGACGGUGACCUGGGGAGGGCGCAGCGUGGCGUCACAGAGCCCUCUGGGCUGGGACCUGCGGGCCGCUUAGCACUGGGGCCGGGGGGCAGCGGGAACCCCAGCGCCCAGGGUGGGUUUCAGAGCCUCUGUGGCCGGAAGGCUCCCUCUGCGGGCGGGAGGGGCCCGGCCCGGGGAGAGAGGCUGACGGAGACAUUGACACUUGAGCUCCAGCUUCCUGGGAGACACCACCUCUUUCCACCGGGCGCAUGCUUGUCUGCGAUUCAUCCUUUGAGGCCGGGAGUAAAGCUGGGCUCAGUUGUAACACGUUCCUGUUCAGCUUCACGGAGGGAAAUGUGAGCGAGAGGGAGAGGGAACCACGGGGGAUAAUAAAACGCUUGCGUCCC